GUGUGUGAUGCAGAAAUCCCUCCGUCAUUUCCUGGUUGCUAAAAUUUGAAUAGUUCACCUAAUUUCAGGUUGUGACAAAACAAGCAGGAAGUAUAGUGUAGAGCAGCCAAACUCAACUGGCGGUCCAGUCCUGACCCAGAGAACAGUCAAUCCGGAUGGGACAACAUAUUUUAAUUUUGUUAUAUUAAAGUCAAUACAUUAUUUUUUGACAGCAUUAAAAAAAUCUGCCGGGCGCAGCGGCCUCUUCAACCUCUCACUCUCUCUGGUGCCAACUCCUCAGUAAGGAAAGUAGCUAUUGACUGUCCUAAAAGUUGCUAAAGGACGCUAUCACCUAAUUUGCAUAAUUGGCCAUGUGCAUGAAAUUGUGAUGGACGCUGUUAGGCGAGAGGAAUAAUGUUGUGGGAGAGACAAAAAGGAGUAAAAAAACACCCUAAAUAUGUUUAGAACUACAAAUGAACUUCUGUUGAUUCUUGUUCUUUUUUAAUGUCACAAUUCCACCCCUCCUCCUUUAUCUGGGUUUGGGACCGGCAAAAGUGACCCAAAAGAGACACUUUGGCGGAGUUACUUAGUUUAUUUUAUUUUUUAUUUUUCUUAAUUUGGUUUUUAACCUUAUGGUCCACUUAGGAGCCUACAACAAGUCACAGUAAAACAUGAACAUUUUUAUAUAUUUUUUGUAUACAAUCUAAAUGGACCAAAAAGAGACAAUAGAAAAAAUUGUCAAUGGCAAUGUGAGAAAAUUAUGGUAAGUAACUAGUCUGGCUCAGGUUAAUUUUUAACAUUUCUAUGUAAGCCAGAGCGGGAUCAGCCAGCGGAGGCUUCUCCCAUGCGCGAUUCAUUUGCAGUCUGGAGGCGGAGGGGUGAACAUCUCCUGCACUGACUGCAGCUGGGAGGGACUGCUACGUGAGGACUGGGCCGCCUGUGAGUGCUUUGGGAUGGGGGUGGGGCCCACUGCAGGACCCGCUGCUUGUUGAGAAGAGUAAGAACGAUACGUGCUUUCAAGUCAGUGUCCAAUAACACCAGAAAAAGUCGCUAGAUUUGUCGCUAGUCGCUUUUUUAAAAAUGUGCCGCUAGUGGUAUGAAUAGUCGCUAAAUAUAGAGACAGUCGCUAAGUUGGCAACACUGCUCUCUCGAUUGAAGCAACGCCCACCUCUACUAGUGCCUAUUAAUCCAAUCGAGUGGCCACGUCUUACACAAUCACAUUAAUUCAAAUAUCCUUUGUGGAACCUUGGGACAAGCAGGCAGAAAGACGAUUUUGACUGCAGUUCAACUGUAAAUAUGACAUAAGGAACUUUGUUACCAGUAUCUUUGUUUAAUAUGGCUUGUUAAAUAAAAAAUAAAGUGAAAGACGAGUGGAUGGAACAAUGUUAAUUCAUUCUCCCUGCAACUAGCACAAAACCAAUGUGUCCGUAGCUCUUGUGAAAAGUGUCAAUGUUAACAGAUUAACAGAUUAAUUUACUCAAAUCCCACACCAAAGUCCUUGUCAAUUCCCUGACAGCCCAACAACAUGCAAUGGAGUGUUCACUGAGGAUAGCUUGGGUUUUGGGAGAAAACCAACUUUUCCAGAUGCAUUCUUUGACCAUCUCAGCAUGUGUGAAGUUGCUGACACUUUGCUUGAAGGUAAACUAAAAGAUGAGCUCAUGGAAAAGAUCAAACUGUUCCCAAUGUCAGAUUCUACAGCAUUGCGGAGAACUGAAAUUUUACCUGAAGAUUUAAUUUAACAACUUGAGGCCAUUCAGAGUUAAAUGUAUGGUGCAUUCUGAAUGCCCUUGUGUUUUGUAAUCUGACACUGGGAUCUGUUUGAUCUUUUCCAUGAGUUUAUCUUCAAGCAAAUGUUUUUGCAUAGACAAAUAUGCAACCACUUUUGUUCUUCAGCAUGUUUACAUUCUAAAUUAGUUGUAAUUCAAAUUCUUAGUCUCAUUUAAUGUACAGACCUGUUUGUUACUAUGCUGUACCACAGCGCCAAUAAAGGACUAUAUCCAUCAAGACCUUUGCCACCAACUGUACCACAGCGCCAAUAAAGGACUAUAUCCAUCAAGACCUUUGCCACCAAGGAAAUUUGUCACUGGACCUUCUGAAAUAGUAGUUGAGGACCCCUGUUGUAAAGCAUCAGUGUACUAUCUAAACCACUGUGAAAUUACUUUUCCAUAACUACAAAUAUUGUAUUUUCAGCUGUUUGAAGCUUGUGUACAACACUUAUAGUAAAAAAACAAAACUUAAAACAUGUGAACAUUGAAGAGAUGCCACUUCUUAGACUUGCUUUCUAUAAUGACAGAUCUAUAUCUCCUAUUUCUAUGUGAAUGUGGUUGCUUUCAGUAAUCUGGAAGGAUCCAUUUUGCCAGAAAAUGUACAGCAAUUCCAAGCAAAAAUGAAUGCGUGUUUACAUUUUUUUUUUUGUAAAAGUAAAAUGCACAUUUGACCAUUGCUAUCAGUUAUUUGAGUCUUUGUUGUAGCAAUGGACUGCAAUUGCUCUACAUAUUUGUCGAGAUAAAUAUCGAGACCACUUAGAUUACCCCAUCUUGAAUUGGUACAUCCUAAUACGGUUUUCCCUUUCAGCGCUUUCAGACUCACUCAAUUUGCUGGGUUGUUUUACUGAUAAUUAAAUAAAUAAAACAUGGGAAAAAUGUUAAAUAUGAUAUUGGAUAGGCUGCAUGUUACUUUUAACAAUAGUCGUUGUCGAAUUUCCUUUGUUUAAAUCACAAGAAAAGUGGUCUCUGGUUUGAAAGUGCAUGAUGCCGGUAAAUGGAGGGAGACUCUUCAGUCUUAGCAGAUAUGAGACACAUUAUUUCAAAAGCCCAGUCAUGGAGGAAACCAUGUGGGAGCAGUAUACUGUGACACUGCAGAGGGACCCCAAGAUGGGUUUUGGUAUUGCAGUGUCCGGGGGGCGGGACAACCCCAAUGAGGAAAACGGAGAGAUGUCCAUAGUAGUGUCUGACGUGCUUCAGGGAGGGCCCGCCGAUGGCCUGCUAUUUGAGAAUGACCGGGUGGUGCAGGUGAACGCUACUCCCAUGGAUGGUGUGCCACACUCCUUCGCUGUACAGACCCUCAGAAAGUGUGGAAAAGUAGCCAAAAUUACGGUCAAGAGGCCCAGGAAGGUUCCGGUCAACCUGCUGAAACAAGGCCCUUCCCCUGACGACCGUGUCUUCAACAACAAUGACUAUGACCAGGACCGCCACAGUGUGUACAGUGGACGCAGAGGUCAUCAAGAUCGUGACCACAGCCAGGAGAGGGGAGGUUACACAGACGCUGGCUACCAGGGACAGGGUUUUGACCGGCAUUACGGUCGAGAUGACCGGGGCAGGAGUAUGGAGAGGGACCUUGAUCCAGAGAGGCAGUACAGACGAGAUGGCAGCAAAGGUCGGACUCUGGACCGCGAACGUAGCCCUGACCGCCGCUACAAAAGUGACCGCACUCUUGACCGUGACCACAGCCCCAAUCUGCGUUACCGUAGUGAUCUCACUCUUGACCGCGACCCCAGCCCUGACAGGCGUUUCCGUAGCGAACGCACUCUGGACCGGACUAACAGCCCUGACUUGCGAUACAGAGCUGGUCACAGUCCUGCCCGCAGUCACGGUCGCGACCACAGCUUUGAGCGGAACCGCAAACGUGUUCCUAGUGACCGCGACCAGAAGGAGCAGAUGAAGAGGAGUGGGAGCAGGGAACGUCUGGACCGUUCACCCUCCCCCGCCUCCAUGCCAAUCCCCAUGUCCCGCCCUCCUCGGGAGCCGGAGCCCCUGGAGAAACCCGUUAGUGUGCUGCUACUGAAGAACAGGCCCAACGAAGAGUAUGGUCUGCAUCUGGGUAGUCAGCUGUUCAUUAAGGAGAUGACCAGCACAGGUCUGGCCUGCAGGGAUGGCAACCUCCAGGAGGGAGACAUCAUACUGAAGAUCAAUGGUACGGUGACCGAGAACCUGUCUCUGAGUGAUGCAGGGAAGCUGAUCGAGAAGUCUCGUGGGAAGCUGCAGCUGGUGGUGCAGAGAGACAGAAGACAGGUCCUCAUCAGGAUUCCUCCCCUGGUAGACAGUGACUCUGAGCUCGAUGAUAUAUCCGAGAUCGGGUCAUACCGCUCCUACUCGCCACAGGAUGACCGACGGGCCCCCACCUCAGACCUGUCUUCCCAUUCCUCCAAUGAGAGGCUCCGAGACAAACCUAGGGAGGACCCACCAAGCAGGCUGGCUAAGAUGGGCGCCAUGCCGACACCGUUCGCCAUGCCGGCACGAGUAUCAGAUAGAGUUAUGGAGAACACGCCCCCUCUGCAAGCAGAGAGGGAGGAGUCCUGCCAAGAAACGCCCCCAGCACCGGUAGUCAAUGUUGCCCCAAAGCUGCCACUGAGGCCAAGCAUAGAGGACCAGGACAUAUACGGCCCCAGCACGGGGAUGGUGCGUUUCCAGAAGGGAGAUAGCGUGGGGCUGAGGCUGGCGGGAGGAAACGAUGUGGGAAUCUUCAUUGCAGGCGUUCAGGAGGACAGCCCUGCAGAACAUGAGGGCCUUUGCACCGGGGACCAGAUCAUGAAGGUGAAUAACAUGGACUUCAGGGGCAUAGUGCGUGAGGAUGCUGUCCUGUACUUGCUGGAGAUUCCAAAGGGAGAUGAUGUCACCAUUCUGGCUCAGAGCAAACCUGAUGUCUAUAAGGACAUCCUGGCAUCGGGUCGGGGGGACUCUUUCUUCAUCAGGACCCACUUUGAGUAUGAGAAAGAGGUUCCCCAGAGCCUGCCCUUCUUCCGUGGGGAGAUCUUCAAGGUGACGGACACACUCUAUGAUGGCAAGCUUGGCAACUGGCUGGCCAGCCGCACUGACAAAGACAACCAGCUGCUGGAGAAGGGUAUCAUCCCCAAUAAGAGCAGGGCCGAACAAAUGUCAAAUGUGCAGAACGCCCAGAGAGGAACAGCCAAUGACAGAGGAGACUUCUGGAGGUUGAGAGGUCAAAGAGCGGUGAAGAAGAAGGACCUCCGUAAGAGCAGAGAGGACCUGACUGCCGUCUCUGUCACCACACGCUUCCCUGCCUAUGAGAGGGUGGUCUUACGAGAAGCUGGCUUCAGGAGACCAGUGGUUGUGUUUGGGCCCAUCGCAGACGCAGUCAAUGAGAAACUGGGAAACGACCUGCCUGAAGAGUUUGUCAUAGCCAAGACUGAGCCCAAGGAUGCAGGCACUGAGAAGUCCUCCGGCGUGGUGAGACUCAAUACCAUUCGACAGAUCAUAGAACAGGACCGCCAUGCCCUGCUGGAUGUAACUCCCAAGGCGGUGGACACCCUGAAUUAUACCCAGUGGUACCCCAUCGUGGUGUUCCUCAACCCGGACAGCAAGGGUGGCGUCAAGACCAUGAGGAACCGCCUGGUACCUGGCUCCAACCGCAGUGCCCGCAAGCUCUACGAGCAGGCGGUCAAACUGAGGAAGACCUGUUCUCACCUCUUCACCGCGACCGUUGACCUGAACUCAGCCAAUGAUGGGUGGUACGGGAGUGUGAAGGACUCUAUCCGGGCACAGCAGGAGCGGGCCGUGUGGGUCUGUGAGGGCAAGUUGAACGGCUCGGAGGAGGACCUGGAUAUCCAUGACGACCGCAUGUCAUACCUGUCAGCGAUGAGCACUGACUACCUGAGCAUGGACAGCCGGCUGACCAGUGACUACGACGACACGGCCGAUGAGGGCGGGGCUUACACCGACAACGAGCUGGACGAGCCAAUGGACGAGCCCCAUCAGCCGGUGUCGGCAAUCAGCCGCUCCUCAGAGCCCGUACUGACAGAGAGACCCCAUCUUGCCCCCAUACCGCGUAUGAGGAGAUCAGGGAGCAGAGAGGGGCUGAGAGACCCCAGUCCACCCCCCUCCUUCGUCCCUGAGCCCCCCAAGCAGGUGAGGGUGCAGUCUCGCGGGGGCUACGACUCCCACUCCAGUAGCACCAUUAGCAGCGACACUGCCGGGGGGACCAAGUCAGCCCCACCUCCAGUUGCCCUCAAGCCCACCGUGGCCCUUAAGCCUACUCUGAGGGCACUCAACCAGUCAUCUGAGGACCACGCUGUCCCGGAGGGAGAGGACCCGGCCAACCGCUCCUUCAUGGGCAAGGUGAAGGCCUUUGAAAAGAUGGACCACCUGGCCAGAGCCCAGAGGAUGCUGGAGCUCCAGGAGGCUGAGCAAGCACGGCUGGAAAUAGCCCAGAAGCACCCAGACAUCUAUGCAGUCCCAGUGAAACUACCAAAACCCAACCACAACCGCCCACAGCCAAUAGGCUCCAGCUCCAACCCGGAGCCCCAGACCCCAUCCUCCAGGCCACCGUACUCUGAGAGUAGGGGUCAUUUCGACGAUGAUGAGGAAGAGUACCGCAGACAGCUGGCUGACCAGACCAGACGAGGCUACUACAGUAACCCCCAGAAAUACAAAGACACUGAGCUGUAGGACAGACAGACCCACCUAUCGCACCCUUCCGUUCUCACCCAAUCAGCGAGGCCCUCACUGUGCACACUCAAACAGCCUAGUGUUACGGUUGCCUAUCCGAAUCUUUGGCCCGACCUAGUGGCAGGAGGAUAUAUCCCGUUCCUUGUGACCACUAACCAAGUGUGUCCUUACCUUGACUGUUUGUUUACCUCACUAUGUGGAUGGUGAAUCGGCAUUUUAAUCUCCCAACCUCAUAAUGUCUACCCUGAUGGGUAGUGUUUGAUCUUCACCCUCAACCCCUCGGUCAUAUCUGCCCAGACCAAUGCAGUCUGAGUACCCGGUCUUUUAAAAUAAAUAUAAACCUUACAUUUGUGUAUAUAUUUAUCUUUAUACAUGUUAUACAUCUUAAGCAUUUUUUGUUACAUUAAUAGAAAUGUAUUUGGACGGACAUAAUAUUUUGUCUACUGCUGCUCUAUGGUCUGCUAGUGGUGGAGAAUCUAGCCUUUAUCCUUUUAAAUCAUUCAUUGCAUACCCUUUUGAUUUACUCUACACUUGGACAUUUUGUCUCCUUAAAUACUAGAGAUCAGCACAUACAAAGUGCCUUUAGCUCUGAAAGUGUAACAGUGUCAGAUCACUGAAAGAACAAACAAGCAGUCAACACUUGGCUCUCAGAGGUGAUGGGCAAAACAUGCCAGUUUACUUCUGUAUUAGCUGCAUCCAUACAACCUGAGACGAUCACAUUUUUAUGGCAUAUACAGUAUAUACGUUUUCGUUUUUUUACCAGGAGACUGACUCUUACUGUCUUUAACAUGUCUGUUGCUUUGCUCUACAUGUCUGUAUUCCUCUACUAUUUUUAUUCAUGUUCCUCAGGCUGCUGAAAUCGACUAUAGGGAGUUUUACUUUCUCAAACAAAUACACAAAUAACUUAACUUUCACUUGUCUUAGUUCAUUCUAUAAAUAAAGGUGACAGUGCUGUGGAUAUUUCUAAUGCUGGCUCAAGCAGGAUGGCUUCUGGGAGUUAAUUCAACCCGGUGCAAAUUAUAGCAUAGCUGCAACAUCUAAGGACAUUGCCUUUGCUUUGCAGAGUUACAUAUUUGUACAUGCAAGCCUGAAUUUAAGUGUUGUUGUUUUUUUUUUUUUGUCCAAUGACAAGCUCACAUUUUGGUUUCAUGCCCCCAUGGAGACUGUUUGCAUGUGUAGUAUUAUAGUACAUUCAUAGGACCCUGAAAGACCAAAUGUAUUCCUUGCUUGUUGUUUUUCUUAAAUAUGCACAUUAAAUUCAGUUCUUUGGUUAUUGAUCAAACGCAUCACAUUUA